UAUGUGAUUCAUAUUAAAGGACUUGUAAGGACAACAUGGAUAAAGGAUUUUCUGGCUGCUCAAUACCACAAGAGAAGUCAAAUGCAGAAAUUAAUGCGGAGUUGGAAAUAUCAGACGCCUCAUGUGAGGAAGACGCUUGUGAUGCCCGUUUGAAUUCCAAGAUAUUGGAAGCAAAACAUUCAACAGUUCAGCAACCGUCUUCUUGGGUGCUCAUCAAGUCGAAUUUGUUUCUGCAUCGUAGCCGUAAAACUCAAACCAUUGAUGAGAUAAUGGUUUGCCACUGCAAACGGCCUCCAGAUGGCAGAGUGGGUUGUGGUGAUAAAUGCUUGAAUCGAAUGCUUAACAUUGAAUGUGUAAAAAGGACUUGCCCAUGUGGGGAACUUUGUUCAAAUCAACAGUUUCAGAAGCGCAAGUAUGCCAAAUUGCAGUGCUACCGAUGCGGGAAGAAGGGUUAUGGGCUGCAGUCACUUGAAGAUAUCUCUGAAGGACAAUUUCUUAUUGAAUAUGUUGGGGAGGUGCUUGAUAUGCUAGCUUAUCAGACACGACAAAGAGAGUAUGCUUCAAAGGGUCAUAAGCAUUUUUACUUCAUGACGUUGAAUGGCAGCGAGGUAAUAGAUGCAUGUGCUAAAGGGAAUUUGGGCCGUUUCAUAAACCAUAGUUGUGAUCCUAAUUGCCGUACAGAAAAGUGGAUGGUGAACGGAGAAGUUUGCAUUGGACUCUUUGCAUUAAGAGAUAUUAAGAAGGGUGAAGAAGUGACAUUUGAUUAUAAUUAUGUGCGGGUUUUUGGGGCUGCUGCAAAAAAAUGUGUCUGUGGCUCAUCUCAGUGUCGGGGUUAUAUCGGUGGUGAUCGGCUGAAUACUGAAGUAAUUGUUCAGGGUGAUUCAGAUGAUGAAUAUCCUGAACCUGUAAUGGUUUAUGAAGAUGGUAAAAUUGAUAAUGACUUUAAAAAUUUAAUAUCUGCAACCAGUUCCUUUGAUGGUACAGAAAUGCAAAUUGCAGACCGUAUGUUAUCAAACAAAGAUAAGAUGGACAAGUCUGCAACUGCUGUUGGACCAUUGGAGAGUACCACCGAACUGCAAACUACAAAGAUAUUGGGAGAAGAUGAAGAUGAAACUGAUAAAUCUGCAACUGCUGCUCAACACGUAGAGAUUUCCACAAAAUCUGCAUGUGGUGCACAAUUGCAAAUCCCUUGGGAAGUGGAGAACUCAAUGGAAAAGUUAACACCUUCUGUUCGACUAGUAGAAACAAUUAUAUUGAGUAAAACCAUCUCUGAUGCUCAGCAAGAGUCUGUUCAAGGAUUAGAGACUCCUGCACUCACUACAACUAGUAGAAAAUCAUUAUCGGAUACAACUGAUGCUAAGAAGAAGUGCAAAUCUGACACAAUUGAAGACAGGCACAUUUCAAAGUCACAUUCCCUCGUGAAAACUUCUCGUUCGUCUUCUUCAGUUAAGAAGGGAAAAUUGAAUAGUAAUUCUAUGAAUGUCAACAAAUCUGAGAUGAUAGUCAAUAAAUCUCAUGUGCUAGCUUACAAACCCAAAAAACUACUGGAAGGUCCUCUAAGUGGUCAUUUUGAAGCUGUUGAGGAGAAACUUGACGAGUUGCUAGAUUCUGAUGGGGGAAUAAGCAGAAGAAAAGAUGCCCCCAAAGGCUACUUGAAGCUUCUUUUUCAAACUGCAAGUUCAGGUGAUCGUGGCAGUGGUGAAGCAAUUCAGAGUAAUCGAAAUCUUUCCAUGAUCCUUGAUGCACUCUUGAAGACAAAAUCACGAAUGGUUCUGGUUGACAUAAUCAAUAAAAAUGGUUUGCAGAUGUUACACAACAUAAUGAAGCAGUACAGAAGGGACUUCAAUAAGAUUCCAAUUCUUCGAAAGCUGCUCAAGGUUUUAGAGUAUCUGGCAGUGAGGGAGAUACUUACCUUGGAACACAUUAUUGGAGGCCCUCCUCAUCCAGGGGUGGAGAGUUUUAGGGAGUCGAUUUUGACAUUGACAGAACAUGAUGACAAGCAGGUCCAUCAAAUUGCAAGAAGCUUCCGAGAUAGGUGGAUUCCCAGGCAUGCCAGAAAAAGCAGCUACAUGGACAGGAGUGAUGGCAGGGUGGAAUUUCACCAGGGUUCAAACUGCAUUAGAUCCUCACCAUCAUACAAUCCUUGGCGUGAUCAGGGUGUAAAAACUACAGAAGAAACAAAUUGCAUCAAGGAAUCAAUUGUUGCAACAAAUUCAGUCGAUGCAGGUACUGUGGAAGGCGGCUCUUCAUCCUGUGCCAGUGGUUGCCCAACCAAUGGGACAAAAACUCGCAAACGUAAAAGCCGAUGGGAUCAGCCAGCAGUGGAAAAGGAACCAAAGGUUCAGCCUAGUUUGUUGCAAAUAUCACAUUCAGGCCUACAACCUGAGAUUGGUCAAGUGGUAGACCAUAAGAAUGGAAUACAUAGAGAGGACAAACCUUGCUCUGGUUAUGUGCACGAUAUCUCCCAGCAGAUGGAAGCUAAUAGGGCAGAUGAUGGGGGACAGAAUCUUGAGGAUGAUGAUGUCCCUCCUGGAUUUGCUCCUCCUCGUAAUGGGCCUUCUGUUCCAUCUAAUGCUUCUUCAAUGGUUACUGAUAUUCACCGAGAAAACAGAAUCCCUGCUAAGUGUCCUCGUGAAGUGGGACAUCCUCAGGCAAGAUUCUUAAAUCGCUUGCCUGUCUCUCAUGGGAUUCCAUCAUCUGUGGUACACCAAUUUGGGACACCUCAAGGAGAAACUCUAGAGAGUUGGGUUAUUGCUCCAGGUGUGCCUUUCCGUCCUUUUCCACCAUUACCUCUUCAUUCCCGUGACAAGAGAGCAUCUCCAGGUUUUGCUGGUAACCCAAAUCAACCUGCAGAAAAAGGUGAACAGGGUAGUCAUCAUCGUGCCAUUUGUCACUUGGAUCAAAACCCUCCAAGCACUUCUGGUGCCACCCCAGCAGAUGUGGAAAUUCAAGGUGGGUAUAAUCAACACACUUUUCAACGGGGAGUUGGGGGCUCGUAUAGCUUGGGAAGGAGGUAUUUCAGGCAGCAGAAGUGGAAUAGUUCGAUACAAGGCCCCACCUGGAUGUGUAAAAGAAACAAUUGGGGAUUCAUGGGAAACAAAAAUUCAAGAAAUGGGAUGUGCAGCAUAGGUGUAGCAACCGUGGCAAAUGAGGUCAAAGGUCCGAAUAGUUCACAAAAUGUAAGCACUGGAGUGGGAAGUGCUUACAAUACUUUUCACCAGUAUCCACACCUGCAAAAUUAUCAUUGAUUUAUAGGAAAUUUUCCGAGGAGCUUCAAAAAUUUCUUCUAUGCUCCCUGUGAUGUACUCUCGAUUCUUUAUUACCUGGAUUUUAUUUUCAAUGGAUUUUUUUUAAAAAAAAAUCUUUUUCUAAUCACCAUUCCUAUGUGUCUCUGUCCCCAGUAUUUAUAGCUGCAAUGUGCUCAUUUGGAUUUGGCAACUGGCACCUCAAAAAGGCAAGUGUACUUCAUUAUGAUCAUUAUUUGAAGGAAAAUGAUGUUUAUGCAGAAUGUUUAUACAGCAUUUUUUACAAGGAUGAUGUGGCGGUGACAUUUUUAGAAUACAAGUUACCUUGGUAGGUUUUUUGCUUUAAAAUGAUAAAAUCAAGACUGAUCACAUCAUUAUGUACUGAUUUUAUAUACAAUCUUUCUAUUUGUAUAUCAUUACUCUUAUUUGAAUUGAAAAUAAAAUAGAUUUGACAAA